GUAUCUUCCGCCCAGGCAGGCUUCGCCUCGGACUGCGCUGCGCCUCCCCGCCAGGGGCGUCGCUGUACCAGCCUCUGCGCCCCACAGACUCCCUCCGGCGCUGGGGCGGGGGCAGGAGGCGGAGCGGAGGGGUGGGGGCGGGAGUCGCCGCGGUCUAGGGCGGGUGGGGUCGCGGUGGCGUCGGCGGUCCCUGAGACAUGGCCUCCUCGGUGUUCUGCUGCCUGCGGUGCUGCAGAGAUGGCGGGACGGGCCACAUCCCUCUGAAAGAGAUGCCGGCCGUGCAGCUGGACACGCAACACAUGGGAACAGAUGUUGUCAUUGUAAAAAAUGGAAGAAGAAUAUGUGGAACAGGAGGUUGUUUAGCCAGUGCACCCCUACAUCAAAACAAAAGCUACUUUGAAUUCAAAAUCCAGUCCACAGGAAUCUGGGGUAUUGGCGUUGCAACUCAGAAAGUUAACUUGAAUCAGAUCCCUCUUGGCCGAGAUGUGCACAGUUUGGUGAUGAGAAAUGAUGGAGCCCUGUACCACAACAACGAGGAGAAAAAUAGGCUGCCGGCAAACAGCCUUCCCCAGGAGGGGGAUGUGGUGGGUAUUACAUAUGACCAUGUAGAAUUAAAUGUAUAUUUGAAUGGAAAAAACAUGCAUUGUCCAGCAUCAGGAAUACGAGGGACAGUGUAUCCAGUUGUUUAUGUUGAUGACAGUGCAAUUUUGGAUUGCCAGUUCAGUGAAUUUUAUCAUACUCCUCCACCUGGUUUUGAAAAGAUAUUAUUUGAACAGCAGAUCUUCUGAAUGUAUUUGUUUUUGAAACUUGUAUUUCUGCACUGUUAAAAGUGUUUACUAUUUAAUAAAGCUUUACCUGACCUAUAGAUGAAAAUAUAUUCUUAAUAAUAUGCUUGUUAAUGUUAUCUAAGUGUAUACAAUAUACCAUCCUGAAGUUCUGAUUUAAAAUACUUAUGUUUUGUGAUAUGAAAUCAGCAUUUGGGGCAGUUUAUUUAAUUCUUAUUUAAAUAAAUAUAACUGUGGGCUUAAUUAACAGUAUUAAGUGGAAAUAUGUAUAUAGAUAUUUAAAAGGGAAUCUUUCUUAUGUAAAAUACUUGUUUUGAUAGAGAUGUAGAGUUGAAUGGGGUUUUUUUUGUCGUUCUGAAGAUUGGACCUCAUUAAUUAAGUCUGCAGUUCAGUAAUUUUGUGUCUCGGUGUCCUUUUUAUAUAGAACAUAACAAAUGACAAAUUUCUAUUAUUAGCAGCUUCACUUCUGGCGAUUUAACUUACUGUAAAAUGUACCACAUUUCUUUAAAUUGCUUAUUUUGUUUGUAUGUCAUUGCUUUUGAUCUUUUUUGUGAAAGGAGGCGAAUGUUGUAGUAACUGUCAGAGCAUUUGGUUGAGGAUCAUCAUCCUGUGUUACUUCAGUACCUGAGUAAGGAGUGGUUGAUGGCUGAUGUAGUGUACAUGACAGACAUUUAGAAUAGUACGAUGCUUUGAACUUAAAUGUAAAUGAGAUUAUUCUUUUAAGGACUUUUAUUUAAAUGUGCAUUUGCCUGUAAGGAAUAAUAAAGUAAUAGUAAUUAAGGAA